AUGACGGUGACGAGCUGUGGUGAAGUUGUGAUCGUACAAGUGACCAAAAAGCAGUACUCCAUCCAGGAAUACACGACACCAUUCCUGCCGUGCCUGUGCGAUCCAAGUUUGCGAAAAGCUGUUCUCCGUGGAGAAGAAGGAAAACCUGCACGAAACCGCUGGCUAGUACGUAAGGACUGGGCGGCGCGUAAGGUCCGGCGACAGCUGUGCGCGCCCAGGGACAGUUACGUCAAGAGCGGGGCGGCUGCGUUACGCGGCCUGCCCGGUCACCCGUCAGCGUUUAUAAAACGCCCAUCCGGCGGCGCCGCGGCCGCGGGACCUGAACUCAGCCCGUUCGCGUGCCCGUCUUGCGAGGGCGUGCUCGUGUCGCCGGUGACGCUGGCGUGUGGGCACAGCCUGUGCCGCGUGUGCACGGUGCGGGAGGCGGGCCGGCCGUGCCGGCGCUGCGGCCUGCGCCUGCCCGCCCCCGCCGCCCCCAGGGACGCGAACGUGAACGUGAACGUGCUCGUGCAGGCGCUCACCGAAAAGUGGUGGCCCGCCGAGCUGGCGGCGGCGCGGCUCCGCGACCAGGGCAACCAGCUGUUCGCGCGGAAAGACGUCGCCGCCGCCCUGCGCAAGUACGACGACGCCCUCGUCAUCGCGCCGCACAACCACCUGGUGCUGAGCAACAGGUCGCAUGCGUUGCUGCGGCUGCACCGGCUGCCCGAGGCGCUGGCCGAUGCAGACGCCGUCGUCCGGCUGCGGCCGUCCUGGCCCAAGGGCCACUACCGGCGGGGCGCGGCGCUGUCGGCGCUGGGCCGGCACGAGGAGGCGCUGCUGUCGCUGUGCGCAUGCGCGGCGCUGGAGGGCAGCGCGGCCGGCGUCCGGCGGGAGGCGACGCGGUCGCUCGGCUACGUUCUGUUGCUGUCAGCCGCGCACGCGCACUCGCCCCACUUUCCGCUGGGGGGCUUCCCAGUCCGACAGCUGAAGAUGGAGGGCAGCCUGCAGGCACGGUGCCAGGCACAGCCGCGGCGCACGGCGCAGACCCACCAGCACCCGGCCUCCUCGGACUGCGAGGACUCCUCCUCUGGGGAGGAAGAUGACUCUUGCCAGCCUGCACAACAGUUCUCUUCUGGCACUAUGGUAUUCUUGCAAGAAAACAGCAUUGUAAAUAAACUAACUCAUAAGGUCUUCAAUCAAAUCGAGAAACUGAAACGUUCUGAAGUGCGUGGCAGUGCAGACCUCAGUGUGGACCAGCAGUUGGUGGAACCGGCCGAAUUUGAAUGUGUGCUCUGCUGCCGGAUUCUGUGGCAACCUGUUACCACACCAUGUGGCCACACAUACUGUUGGAUGUGUCUGGACAGGUGUCUGGACUAUAGCUGUGCAUGCCCACUCUGUAUGACAUCGCUCACUGAUUAUUUGGCAACAAGUCCACGCAGUAUCACGGAAUUUGUCGAGUGUGCUCUACGUCUUCUGCUGCCUGCUGAGUAUGCAGCACGGCAGGCUCUUCAUCGCCAGGAGUUGGUUGGAGGAGGACCCCAUGUGCCUGUUUUUGUGUGCACUACAGCAUUUCCGUGUGUGCCGUGCCCUCUGUAUGUGUACGAACCACGAUAUCGUGUGAUGGUGCGACGUUGUGUCGAUUCAGGAUCGCGGCAGUUUGGUAUUGCAGCUUGUCUUCACAAAGAUGCAGGCAGAGAUAGGUAUGCAGAAUAUGGCACAAUGUUAGAAAUUAGAGACUGGAUUCUCCUUAAGGAUGGAUGCUCCAUCUUGACAACUGUUGGUAUGCGUCGCUUUCGUGUGUUGGCCCGAGGAGAGCGUGAUGGUUAUGAUACUGCACAAGUAGAGUUUCUACGAGACCAGCCUGUGAUGCCAGAACAUCUUGGCAGGUUGCAAGAACUGCAUGAGCGAGUGCGUCAGAAAGGACAACAGUGGUUUGCAGCAAUGCCACCCCAGGUGCAGGCAGAAAUUAUACGCACAUUUGGUCACAUGCCUGCUGUUGAGGAGGACUGGCCCACUCUAGCUGAUGGACCUGCCUGGCCAUGGUGGCUGCUAGCAAUACUGCCAUUAGGACAGCAUCUGCAGGUAGGUAUCUUGUCAACAACAAGCCUCGAGAAGCGACUUCGGGCAAUAGACAAGACACUGGACCAAGUGCAGCUGAGAAUGGUGAAUGUUGCAGGACCAAGUGCAUCUCAGAUAUCAGCUGAAAGGAUUCCUAAUGGCAACCAUCAACAACACUAUAGUUAUCAACAGCAGCAGCAGCAGCACCAAUUGCAACAACAGCAGUUACAGCUUUUGCAGCAGCAGCAGCAGCAACAACAGCAGCAGCAACAACAACAACAACAACAGCAACAACAACAUCAACAUCAGCAUCUACAGCAGCAGCAGUAUCCACAUCAGCGUCAGCAACUACACAUUCAACAACAACCACAACAGCAAUCAAACAGUGGACAAUCACAACCACCUCACCCUAUGUCAAUGCCAUCAUCUGUAUGGCAACCACAACCAAUGGUGGUAGAGCCAUCUUGACCCUGUGAUGUUUUGCCACCACCCUCAGAGAACUGUAUUCAGCACUUCAGUAAUCUGUCCUAGUCUGUUGCACUUUCAUGUGCAAGCUGUACAGACUGAACUAUCUAAGCAUCCCAAAUUGCAAAAAAAAAAGAAAAAAAAAGAUAUUUAAGAUGUUCUUCCCUUUAUUCUGUGUGUGC